AUGUUCUCGGUGAGUCCAGCUGCCAGCCUGCUGUCCAGAUGUGUUUCCAGAGGAAUCGUGUCUCAGGAGCAGAUAGACUCCGCCUCCUGCAGCCAGAGCCCCGCCUCCAGCAGCCAGAGCCCCGCCCCCUGCAGCCAGAGCCCCGCCCCCUGCAGCCAGAGCUCCGCCUUCUCCUCUCACCUGCAGGAAGCUGAGCAGCGAAUCAGAGCGCAGAGACAGCUGGAUGAGGUGAGGCUGCAGCUGGAGUUGCUGCAGGUGGAGAAGCAGAGCGCCGACGUCACGCACAGAUUCUACCUCACGGGGCGUCUCCAGAUGUUACAGGUGUUCUGUGGACACCUGCAGGACGUCCUGAAGGAGAACAGCAGCCUGAGACAGAGACUGAUGAGGCCGCUGGGUCGCACCAACCUUCCAGUCCAGGCUCACCUGCACAGGUGUGUAGUAGACGUUGUGCAGAUGAUGUUUGACUACAUUCAGACGUUGGAGGAGAAGAUCGGCUCCAUCAGAAACUUUCCAGCUGCCAGAAACCAGCUCAGUCAGCUGAGCUCCUCUCUCUCCCAGCUCGUCUCUCAGGUAGCUGAGGUGGAGAGUUUGUCCAAUCAGGUUCUUCAGUGGAAGGAAGUCCGCAGCAGCCUCCUGAGUGACAGUUCAGCCUGAGGAGUCCUUCAUCCUGC